UCAGUAUAUUUCUGUGUGGCUCACGGUUAAACAUAGUCUCGCCCACGCUGCCCGCACGCCGCACGCCGGCUCCUCGCUCACCAACUGGACAGUCCCAUCUCCCUUCUCGACGCCUGUACACGCACCAGGUCCAAAAUGAGUCGCAUAGGCAGGACUCGUCGCACCCGUGUGUACGACUGUAACUACAACAAGGGCGAGAGCUACUACCGCCCCGUUCUCGACCGGCUGGAUGGGAAGGGACCCAUCACUCGCACCCCUGAGGUCGACCGCGAGCGAAUCCGGGCGGAUGUGGAGAACAGGAUCAGAAGUGCCCUAGAUGAUACCGAGACUCACCAUGAUGAACUGUUUGACUCGAGGGGAGGCCGUGCCCAGAGAGGCAGGCCUUUGUCAUCCGCCUUCGAAGAGGACGAAUUAUCUGAAGAUAUCACAGAAUCAUUAAAACGCCUGCGUGCUGGCAAGAAGACAUCCCGCUUCGCAGAAGACAUAGACUUUGAGAAUGCUGUUUCCAAUAUCGAGAACCGUGUUAAGAUCUCUGAUAAAAUAUUGGAGAGCGUUGGGCUCGGACAAACCGAAAUCAGCGGAGCAAGACGGGCACUUCAGGAAAACGAGGAACGCACAGAGAAACGCAUCGCUCGGAGACUUAACGAAGAGAACUCUCUUACAAAGUGGACGGCAAUAAAAAGCGACGACGAGAGCGCAGCAGCAUUGAGGGCUAAAGCGUCAAGAGCACGUCUCUCCGACUUAGAGGAUGAAAUGACUGAACUUAAUGAACGAAGCGCCGCAAGAGAGAAACGCGCAGCUCGUCUCCGGGCUCUCGUCGCUGACAGCGAUUCUAUUGACUCCAACACAACUGCCAUCGCCGCUUCUAAAGUCACCAUCCGUGCCGAACGGGAAAAGAAACAAGUAACCUUCUAAAUAUCAGAACCACUAUCUUACUACCCGAGAAAACUCAUUACUCUAAAACAUCUGUUUUAGAGGAUCGCAGUUGUGCUCCUUGUGGAGAUAGAUAAUUUUGCUGGGAUGUGUGCUCCUGCAUUUGUCAUGUAUAAUGACCGAGUUGAUGUCUAUUUUAUACUUGUUGGAUAGAAUAAAGCGUUACGUAUUGUCCUGUUCUUA